AUGAACGCAGCUACGUCAUCCCCGCUACCUCCGACAGCCGAGGCCGAGGCUCCCGCCAUCGAGGUGAAUACUGAUGAAGCAUUCCGCCCUUCGGAUCUAGAUGUCGCACCUCAUCUAGUCGUGCGCCUGAUUCAAUGCCCGCGCUGCCAUCGUCCCCUCGAGCACCCAUGUCGUUUGCCGUGCGGGAACGCAGUGUGUAAGCGCUGUUUACCUCCCGUGCGACCGCGCAUUGGGAUCACAUACCCCGUGGCUCAGGGCCGCGAGGAAGGAUUCACGUGCUACUGGGAGGGCCAGAACGGCUGUGUAGGAGAGCACUGCGUUGGGGACUGUGGGACCGAUGUUGUGCUCUGCUCUGUGGCUGGUCUCUUCCACGAGGAGCUGAUGUGGUCCAUGCCGGGUGUAGAAGGCCCGGACCCACCUGAGAUCGGGCGUGUCGUGCGCUGGAAGAUCAAUCGCAAAGCGGCAGACUCGGAACCACAGGCGUUGCGCAUGAAGCAGCGUGGUUGGCUGCAUGCAUUGUACGAAGCGGCGUGGGGUGGCCGCUUGCCUUCUGAUGCAACGGAUAUCGUCUAUGAAGAUACGGGCCCGGUUGAUGCUCAACGGCUGCUGCAGCUUGCAGAAGAAGACCGCGGGCGUCUCAAAGAGCUGAAAGAUAGAUUGCGGGGAGAGCUAGAUUGCCAGGUCUGUUAUGGUCUGAUUCUGGACCCGGUAACGUUGCCUUGUGGUCAUACUUUCUGCCAUUCAUGCAUUGCUCGCUCCUUGGAUCAUUCAGAUCUCUGUCCAAUAUGCCGCCGCAAACUGGACAUGCUAUCAUCUGUGUCUUCUGAGCCACUCAAUAGGACGCUCGUGCGGCUCAUCGACUUCUUCUUCUCAGACUUGGUCGAGGCCCGGCGCGAAGCGUUGGCACAGGAUGAACUCGGUGUGGAUCAUAAGGACUUGCCACUGUUUGUGUGCACAUUAUCAUUCCCGACGAUGCCCACUUUUCUCCACAUAUUUGAACCACGUUAUCGUCUCAUGAUCAGAAGAGUGGUCGAAAGUGGAAAUGGGAAAUUUGGGAUGGUCAUGUGGAAUCGCCGUGGGCGAUCACAAUCAGAUGAACUUGGCAGUGUGCCAUUCAUGCAGUACGGAACAUUACUGAUGGUGGAACGGUAUGAACUUCUUCCAGACGGACGCAGCCUCGUAAUUGCAACUGGGAUCUCGCGAUUCAAAAUAUUAGAAGCGGAUGUGCUAGAUGGAUAUCAUGUUGCGAAAACAGAACGCGUGGACGACAUCUCUCUGGCAGAAGAAGAAAGGCUGGAAGCCAUUGAAACCACUACAAACAUCAACACGGAACUAACGGAUGAUGGAGAUGGGAUUGAUGGUCCAUUGGAUUCAAUGUCGACCCAGGACUUGAUGCUCCUGACCCGCGAAUUUAUUCGCAAGCAGCGCCAAUCCGGUGCACCAUGGCUCCAUCCUCGUGUUAUGCUAGCGUACGGACCUGUCCCAACAGAUGCCGCUCGGUUCCCAUGGUGGUUCGCUAGCAUUCUGCCUAUUGCCGAAGAGGAAAAGUAUCCUAUUCUUUCGGCAAUAAGUGUACGAGAGCGAUUGAAGAUCUGUGCUAGAUGGGCGAGAGACCUGGAAGCUCGUGAAUGGUCCAGUCGAUCAUCCAUCAGCUCUGCCUUAUGA